AUGCCGAAGCAGGACUUCAAAUCUGGGCCAUUACUCGGGAGCGAUAACAAAGAUAUUAUUGGCUUAGUUUUGAACUACAUUCUAACCUCAAGCUCGAGACCUUCGACAGAAAACAUACCAGCGGUAAUCCGAGAUUUCUUAAAAAGUCGAUUUGUGUCCUCUACCCAUGCUGUAGCUGGCCCCGAAACAUCUCAUUUGGUAACCCUAGGCUUGAUCAUUUGUUUUUUGUCCUUCAUUUUUCAACUGACCUGGUUUACAAUUGGAUUGAGAUACUCCAAAUUGUCGAAUUCACACUGGGUUUUUCGAAAUAAUGAGCGUGGCCUGUUUGUACCUAACACUCGAUUCCUAAUGGCAAUAUUAGGUGCUAUUUUCACCCUUCUUUUAGUAAGUGAAACAGUACUGUUAAUCCUGGACAUGAACGGGUUCGCGACACUUAAGGAUCGAAUCAUCAUAGCUGGAUUCAAAUGGAUGCCACUGUGGCUGUCUAGCUGGGUAUAUGUUUGGGGAAUGGGAAGCAGUAUUUACACCACAUAUUCACAAGUUCCUCACGGCAUACUUGGAAAGCUUGUGGGAUGUAAGCGGUCUGCGCUAGCAUUCAACACCAUGGUUUUUACCUCUUUGGUUUUUAUCAUACUUUAUGAAACCACCACGGUUUUUUUCGCUGGGUAUGGUUUGAUGUCUCGUCUGGAUUCAUUCCACCGAAUUUCUGCUCGUUUUGAGACGAUGGCCGCACUCUAUAAUCCGCAGACGUUUACGAUUGAUGAAAAUCUUCUCCCGGAACUCCCGGGGUUGCUUGAACUAACUGUGUCUUUUGCGAAUUGGCUAAAGGACUUUCGCUUCUUGUUAUAUUCGCGACUGGCAUGGUUCUUCGGGUUUAUAUGCAUUUCAUUGCCACUUUACUAUACUUAUUUCCGGAUGAUACAAAAAAUGAAGAUGUACCGCAGAAGCAUCACUCCUAAAAGCAUUUCAUCAUUGGGGCAGCCUUUUUCUGCUGAGGAGAAUGGCUACCGCGUGCGAUGUCACAGUCCUAGCUCGCAAUUCUCCACCUUUUGGGGUUUCAUUGUUUCGGAUAGCACACAUUUGAUUCUGGCUUCGCUCUUAUCGCUAGUUCACGCACUGGUUGAAGUCACCUUGAUGAUUCGAUUUAUCUGCCUUCUCAAGAAAUCCGGAAAUGUCAGUGCACAGGUCACGCUAUUAACCAAGACCGCCGUCACAAAUAACUUUAUAUUCGCUUUCACCGGGCUACUUCCGAGUUGGAUGUUCUCUGCAAGGUCACGUUUGAACCACAAAACGGACGCGCCGACGGGCACGUCAACGCACACGCCGCAGCUCAACCCCAGGGUAAAUCCUAUGAGGUCUGUCACCAACGACUUGUUUGACUCAUGGACGAUCACGCCUUCGGUAAUGGGUGAACUCCAUCAAAUUCCGGAAGUAAUGAAACAAGAAAGCUAUUUUGUUGUAGCCCGUCCUCGACUCAAGCAUUUCCCCGAUAUUUCUUCUGUAAAACAAUUUUGUCCGCAGGAUGUCAGCAAAAUGGUCGUGGAUGAACUCCAUCCCAAAGGCAUUGUAUGA